GCGGGAGAUAGUUUGGCCAAAUGCUGAUAUGGAAGGCUACACCUACGGAGAUUGUAAGCGCUACGUCGGAUGGAUUUCCAUGGAGCUCAUCAUCAACGUGGUGGACACCUCCGACUCGGCGCCAUUCUUCAAUAAGAAAAGCUUCAAAGCUGUCGUAUCUGAAGACUCACGGGUAGGGUCGCGAUUGCUCCAAGUGAAAGCGGACGUUGACGGAGAUAGUCCCUUGAAGUAUUCUCUAGAGGUCGAUUCGGGACCGACAGAUCUUCUCGAGAUUGACGACGAAGGCUUCAUAAAGAAUAAGGAUAGGCUCGACUUUGAGAGUUAUCGAAAGUUGGAGGGCCGAGUUAUUGCAACGGAUAAGGACGGAAACAACGCGAGCACUAACUUUACAAUUCUUCUCACUGAUGCUAACGAUAACAGGUACUGCCUCUUAACACUGUUUCUACUGAUAACUCCACCCCUAACCUCAACCUG